UAAAAAAAGGGUCUGAAAAACAGGAGACUAGUCCUCUGCAGUCACAAUGCUUUCCGUAGCGACAGUUAGGAGCAAAGAGCACAGUCUAGGGAAACAGAAGAGCCGAAAUUACUUAAUAUUAAACAGGAAACUGACCAGGGGAGUGUGCAGCAACAUGGUGGGUUUUCAGCAAAUCUGUGGCCGGGUUUGUCCGUAACAAAAAGCCUCAAGGAGAACUUUGAUGGAGCCUUCACAUAAAUGGGUCCAGUCAUGCCUCCCAGCAAGAAGCCAGAAAGCUCAGGAAUUAGUGUCUCCAGUGGGCUGAGUCAGUGUUACCGGGGCAGUGGCUUCUCCAAGGCCCUGCAGGAGGACGAUGACCUCGACUUUUCUCUGCCUGACAUCCGACUAGAAGAGGGGGCCAUGGAAGAUGAAGAGCUGACCAAUCUGAACUGGCUACACGAGAGCAAGAACUUGCUGAAGAGCUUUGGGGAGUCGGUCCUCAGGAGUGUCAGCCCCGUGCAGGACCUGGACGAUGACACCCCGCCAUCCCCUGCCCACUCGGACAUGCCCUACGAUGCCAGGCAGAACCCCAACUGCAAACCCCCCUACUCCUUCAGCUGCCUCAUAUUUAUGGCCAUCGAGGACUCUCCAACCAAGCGCCUGCCAGUAAAGGAUAUCUACAACUGGAUCUUGGAACAUUUUCCGUAUUUUGCAAAUGCACCUACCGGGUGGAAAAACUCAGUGAGACAUAAUUUGUCUUUGAAUAAAUGUUUUAAGAAAGUGGACAAAGAGAGGAGUCAGAGCAUCGGGAAAGGGUCAUUGUGGUGCAUAGACCCAGAGUAUAGACAAAAUCUAAUUCAGGCUUUGAAAAAGACACCUUACCACCCAUACUCACACGUGUUCAAUACACCUCCUGCCUCUCCUCAGGCAUAUCAAAGCACAUCAGGUCCACCCAUCUGGCCGGGCAGUACCUUCUUCAAGAGAAAUGGAGCCCUUCUGCAAGAUCCUGACAUUGAUGCUGCCAGUGCCAUGAUGCUUUUGAAUACUCCCCCUGAGAUACAAGCAGGUUUGCCCCCUGGAGUGAUACAGAAUGGAGCGCGGGCUCUGAGCCGAGGGCUGUUUCCCGGAGUCCGGCCUUUGCCAAUCACUCCCAUCGGGAUGACGGCAGCUGUGAGGAACGGCCUGGGCGGCUGCCGGGUGCGGACUGAGAACGAGCCGUCGUGCGGCUCCCCGGUGGUCAGCGGAGACCCCAAGGAGGAUCACAACUACAGCAGCGCCAAGUCCUCCAACGCCAGGAGCACGUCGCCGGCCAGCGACUCGGUGUCCUCCUCGUCGGCCGACGACCACUACGAGUUCGCCGCCAAGGGGAGCCAGGAGGGCAGCGAGGGCAGCGAGGGCAGCUUCCAGAGCCACGAGAGCCACAGCGAGCCGGAGGACGACGAGCGCAAACACAGCCCGAAGGAGGCCAAGGAUGCCCUGGGGGACAGCGGCUAUGCGGCCCAGCACAAGAAGCGCCAGCAUCUCGCCAAGGCCCGCAAGGUCCCCAGCGACACGCUGCCCCUCAAAAAGAGACGCACGGAGAAGCCCCCCGAGAGCGACGACGAGGAGAUGAAGGAGGCGGCGGGCUCGCUCCUGCACUUGGCAGGGAUUCGGUCCUGUUUGAAUAACAUCACCAAUCGGACGGCAAAGGGGCAGAAAGAGCAAAAGGAAACCACAAAAAAUUAAAAACAAGUCACUGAUUUGUUUUGAACUUUCGGCCAUUUGGUUUUAGCAUGUCAGGAGAUUUCUAAUGAUUUGUGGCAAUAUCAGCAAUUUUUUUUCUUUCUUUUUUUUUCCUUUUGGUUUGGUUUUCUUUUCUUUUCUUUCUUUCUUUUUUUUUUUUUUUUAAUUUGCCCCUCCUUUGUUUUGGACCCUUAAGAAUUUUAUUUUUAAAGGAGAUUGAAGCCAUAGAACUCAUAUUGACACUCAGCUGUUUUACAAAAGCUUUUCAUUAUCUGAAGACAAAACCGAAAAAAGCCAAAAUUACCAUUGCUUCCUCCAGCUUUGUCAGAAACACGUGGCUGAAUCCGCAGGGAUGCCAACGAUGAUGCCACGGGAACACCCACUCGGCACCUAGAAGGCACGCGUGCAGAGUAAUCAUCAAUCAGGCCCAACCCUUAGGUCUAAACAUGGUCAGGUCGUCCCGCCCAUUGGGGUCGCUGAGUGAGUGCGUGCGAGGCGACUGGGGAGAAGGAUGAGCCCUGGUCCCCGGGGAGCUGACCCAGGCUCUUAACCCUGGGUGUCCAGCUGUGCCAGGAAAACCCUUGGCAUUGCCGUGGGUUUCAUUGCCAUGAAUCGUGCAGGGGUGGGUGGACGGAGUGGGAAGCGGUCUCCAGUCCUUUGUGCUUCUGAGCUGUGCGGCCUGGUAUCAUCUUAGGAGGUGGACUCUGGGCCACUCAUUUUACACCAGGUGUCCGCGACUAAUGAGAAGAAACUGGGUCAGUUUUUAGUGACAUUGCUAAUCACUGAAUUUUGUUCUGUAUUAAAUUAAGAGAAUGUUUCACAAGCCAUAAGCCUGAAGGUUGGCCCUGUGCACGCGCAAACAGAGAGCAAGAGAGAUAGAGAGAGAGAGAGAGAGAACUGAUGCAGAAAACAAGCUCUGUCUUCUUAACUGCCCAAGUGAAAAUCAAGUUCAGGAAAUUACAAUAGCUGUUAAGGAAGAAAAUAAUGGUACAGAUUCUUUUUUCUGCCUGUCAAAACUAUUUGAUCCGAGUGAAAACAAAAAAAGCUACAGAACCUGCCAUUAGUAUUGUGGUGUAUUUUUAAAAGAUGAAAGGCACAUUGAUGGACAAACAAAAGUAAAAAACAUGGCAAAACAAACAAAAAACAAAAAAACUCCUAUACUGCCCUCAAAAUGGAGUUUGCAAUUAAUGUCAGUCAGGAUUCUUCUUUGCAAAAUCAGUGAUUUCCACAUUCAGCCAGUGUAGCCAGCAGAAAUUUCUGAUCCACAAUGCAUGGAUUCCUUUGAAAAAAAAGAAAAAAAAGAAAAAAAAAAGAAAAAAAUCACAAAACACAAAACUUUUUUUUAUUCAAAAAAUAACAAAGUUCUUGUAAGGUAAAUAAUGUAUUUAGCAUGAAGCAUGAAUUAUUUUCAUAUAAAUAUAGAAAAUAGAGAAAAGGCUAUGCCUCUAAUUUUUAAGCCCUUAGGCUUAGAGUUUCUUUUGGUUUUCUCUUUUUUUUUUUUCUUUGAUUUUUUUUCUGUUGUUUUUUGUUUUUGUUUUUGUUUUCUUUCCUUCUUUCUUUCUUUCUUCCUUUCUUUCUUUCUUUCUUUCUUUCUUUCUUCUUCUUCCCAAUGAUUUUGUUUUGGUUUUUUGAAGCAGGUGUUUAAGGUUUAACCUUCUUCAGGGACAAAUUCUGACUGUUGGGGAAUCUUACUCUGCAAUAUAAAAUAUCUUCAUGUUCUGGUAGGGCCUGGAUGGUGGAGCUCUGUACUGCCUUGUCUGAACUUCAGCCCCCGACCCCCCGAUUCUCUGUUGAAAAGUGUGUCCUUUCUCUUUGUACAUGUUUACCAUGACGCAAUAAUUCGAGGGCAAACUUAGUAGUGAGUGUGUAUGAUAGAAUCAAGAGAAUUCUGGGAUGCUGACUUGUGGAGACCAUGAUCGUGAUUUGGUUCUAGGAAAAAAGGCAGUGAAUCAUUAUGCAAAUUCGCCAGGAGAAGGGGAAGCACGCUAAUGGGCCUUAUUGCAUGAGGGUGUGAGUUAGGGUACCCGCAAAGGAGGGAGCGACUCGGGGGUUGGAAGGACCAGCCCCAGAUGGGUUUCCUCCGAAGCCACCUCCCAGUGGGACGGAGGGUCCGGCCACCUCUGCCACCUGAGCACACGACCCGACCUGGAACUAAGCCCACCUAGAUUAGGAGAGCUGAAUUUAGACCGGACGAUGUCACGCAGACCAGAAACUCCCGUUAUCUUUGCCUGAAAGGAAUUGUCUUGGGAGAUCCAGAGAGAAGUGUCUGAAAGAAUAAGAUCUCCCACCCACGUGGAGGGGAAUUUUAAAACCCCAACAGGAACACCCACUCCCAGGACUCAGGAUGUGGUGGGUGAGGGAGAGUGGGGGACCAGGGCGGGCGGGGGGGUAACACAGUGAUCUUGAAAGACGGGCCAGUGGCCCGCCCCGUGGCCACGGGGCCAUCACGAGUCCAGUGGCCAGGACGGAGGGAGGGAGCUGGCGCAUACCCUGUGCUUUGCUUCCUCUGGGUUGCUGAUGAGAGAACCUGGGGAAAAAAAAGUCUACACCGCAGGACAGGGUCAAGUUCAGUACCUGAACCUGAACGCUUCCAGCAUAUUAGUUCCGGGUGUAGAUGCGAAGAGGAUGUACUAUUCAAGUGCUCCCUCCAUCUCCCCCAAGUGUCCGACACCCCAAGAGCUGUGUCUGCUGCGGAGCUUGAGCAGGACUCCGAUGGGUUGUCACCUGACCAAGCUCGGAAGACACCCCUUUCGGCCCCCCCACCCCCACCCCCAGGGUGAAGGUCAGACUUCCCUCCUGAAAAGGCAGAGGCGACAUCCAGGACUUUCUGGCGGGGACUUCUUCCAAUCCAAACCCCCCCACAGUGGGCUGUCUCCCCUCAUUUCAUUUUUCUAAAGGAGCAAAAGCCUCUUUUAGAAAACAAUAAAAUGCAAUGUGUGUGAUUUACUUUUCUGAUCUCUUUGAGAAAUAGAUAAAUAUAAAAGUGUGUUCUUAACUCCAGAACCACUCUUUUUGCAUAAAUACCUCAUCGGGCAGCUUUCUAAGUGUUAUUUCCUGAGUCUCCCUCGGCACCCGCGUGGGCGCCACCAGGGGGACAUCUAGGGGAAACUUUAGUGAGGGUACUUUUUUCUAUUUUUCUUCUGUUUUUGGAGGCAUACACAUUAUGCAUAACCAAAACAAUGGCUCAAUUGUGUUUAACUUUGUAUUUUGAUCGUUGAGAAAAAACAAAAAAAACCAACAACAACAACAAAAAAAACCAAGUAUCAAUGUGUAUGUGGCCGUUUGUAGUUAAAUUCAUCACAGAAGGAGGUUGCCCGCGUCCUUGCCAAGCCAAGGGGCAGGAGGCACCCUCUCUCACUCCCCUCCUCCAAGAGCAGUAGAGGAUUUAAGCACAAGCCUAUUUGUGAAAGAAUAUUUUGCUCAAAUGUAAUUCACUUUAGUCUUGGAAUUACUUCCCAAACGUCAGGUGUUCUUCUAGCUUCCAAACUUAGCCUAUGUACUCAUGAGUCUGACAGGUCGCCUGAGCACCGUUCAAGGGGUGUGGUGUUUUUGCUUUCAUUUCUCCUGCUGGGAGAAGUGGCGUUUUCAUGUGUCAUUCCAGUAUCUCACCUACUCACACGGGGCGGGGGGGCGGGGGGAGACGGGGAACUAUAGCAAUAUUUAAAGAUGCUUUGGAAAACAAGCAUGAACACAUCAGCACCACGACAUCUACAGUUACUUGCUGUUGGCCCUCGGACCCAUUUAAGAGGAAGAGACUGUAGCUCUUUUUUCUUAAAUGCUCUACACAUAGACAGUUAUUUUUAUGCUACUCUAAUCGUCCUUUAUCUAGUGCUACGUGGAAAGGGUCUGCAUCAUAGAUUUUUCCCAGCCUUAUUAUAUACCAUAAGCUCCUACUUCCCUUCCCUCUCUGAUCAGUACACUUUAAAGAGUUCUUUGGUAAACAAAGCUGUCUAUUUGGAACCCACGUUUGGGUGGUGGUUUGAGAUGGCCCAGACGACUGUGGCGGUUUCGGUCCCGGGGCUGAGUCUUUAAAAGAAGGGAUGCGUCCCAGGCUUUUCCCCCAAGAGCCGACCUUUCCCGUGGAGGCAAGUCGGCGCAUCCAGCCCCUGCCAGGUGCGACAGGAGCUAUCCCACAGGGCCUUCUAGAAGCUGCCCCAGGGACAACUGCAGGCUGCGGGCUCUGCAGAGUGGACACCGGCCAGAUGGCUCCCGUGGCCCAGCUCAGCCCCGGGACGGCCCGGCACCGAGGGCUAGCGACUCGCCCUCCGGUUAUCCCCACGCCACGCGUGUGGGCUCUUAGCCUCUCACCGAAGGGCUUUUGGAGAAGGAAUCAGAGUUCUGUACAAGUGACCUACAUGGGAGGGGUUUGCAUAUGGGAUGGGGUUCAAUUCAAUGUGACUUCUCUUUUCCCUCUAAACUUGAUUCAGGUUGGGACUCGUUUCUUUCUGGUGGAUCACAGCUGCCCAGAUGUUGCAAUUGAUUUUUUAUGUUUCUGUAGAGAAGUUUGUUUUUUGUUUUUGUUUUUUGUUUUUGUUUUUUUGGUUUUUUUUUUUUCCUUUCAUCUUCAGGAUUCUUGCCACCAAAAGAACACAUUUGAACUCUGUGUCCCCUCUUGAUUGUGACUUAACCAGUGUUGACAGUUAAAUCCUUGGUGUCGUAGGUCCCAGCCCUCCAAUACUAUAUCAAACACUGUUAUGCACAUAAUGCAGCACUGUGAUCUAAUUUAAAUAAUACUUUUUUAUUAUUUAUACUACUAUAUAUAAUAUACAUCAACACUUUUGCUAUAUAACCUAAGUGAUAACCCUCUUUUAGUUACCUGCCAAACUCGGGACUUUGGUUUAUAUUGCAGUUAACACAGUUACCAAGUUGUAAUGGUGUCUUCUUUUCCUUUUUUUUUUCCUCUUUGUAACGGAAUGUGUAAAUCAAAGUAUAUACAUUGUGUGGUGUUCCUGUUUCUGGAGUUUCAUGAGGAUUUACACAUGGCAUCCAGUGUUCUGUAUAGACCCGCCUACCUUUGUGAAUUCAUCUGUUAACCCCUCUUCCUUGGAGAGAGCGCCAGAGGUGGUUAACUCCUUGUUUUCCUCUCUCUCCUACUGGUUAUUCUUGAAUUAAGCACAGACUCGUCAGCUCGGUUGCUUUAUCAUGAAUAAUGCGUGUGACCUUGAAAUUCUUCCACAGUUCAGCAAACAAGUGCUAGCUUCACUGACCAAAAAUUAAGGAAGGAAAAUAACGAUUUUUUUUUUUUUUUUCAAAACGAUCCAUCUCGUAACGGCCGAAACCGAUGUGUCUAUGGUGCUGCAUUUUGCUGUCUGUCCUUCUUUUGAAAUCAGACCUAGGUGAAAGACCACUUCUGACUUUACUGUGAUAUGCUCACAAGUACCCUUCCUUGUCCGUUUCGUUAGCAUUGAAAUCGAGACUAUUUAUUUGGAAUCUAUUCAGCAGUGUUUUUUCCACUGUAUUUCAUUUGCAAAAGUUGAGAACAGCCUUCCCCACCUUUUGCAAAUAACUGAUACUCCAUAUUGGAAUCGCACAGACUUCGAUAUGGUGAGCCUAUCAAACCUACAAAUUGUAUUUCAUCCUUCCAUGACUGUGGCCUGAGUUCCCCAGCCCCCACCCCCUCCCCCCCCCCUUUUUUUAGGUGAACCUUAGCACAAUUUCAGUUAUUUAAACAUGAAGCAUUUCCUGAGUAUGUAUGUUGAGGCCAUUGAAGCUCAGAGCUGAUUCAGUAACCAGUUCCAUGCCGUGUUAUUCACACUCACUACUUAUACUGCCGUGGUGAAAAAUGUGGGUGGGGGGGAGUUAUCCGGGUGUGUCUGGGAAGCAUUAUACACUUGUACAUUUUUUUAUACUCUGAUUCUGUACCAUUUCUGAGUUUCAUUUUUGUUUUACAGAAGAAAAAAAAAAACAGUGAUAAAGCAAUCAGAAGACUAAGAGGUUUACUAUCGAUGCUUAUGGUCGUCUGACCUUUGCUGGCCAAUAGACCCACAUGGCCAAAUUAUAAUUUACUAGAGUAAUAAUUUUUCGAGAGCCAAUUUUUUUUUCCUCUGUAUUUUCUGUAUGAAACUGCCAAUAUCAUGAAUAGAAAGGGAGAACCGUAAAGGAGAAAGAAAGUGACGUUCAGUUGCGUUUGCGUUACCUAGAGGAGCAGUGUGGAGGCAGGCACGAUCAGCCGAACUUUAGGGACCUGAUGGUGUUGCUUUGGAGGCAUCCAUACCUGCAUUUCGCAUUCUUCAUAUGUAAUCAUAUUGCCAAAGACAAACUAUUUCAUCAUUUAUUGUAAAUAACACUUUUCCCCCAGACCUACCAUAAAGUUUCUGUGAUGUAUUGUCUUCCAGUUGCAAUAAAAAUUACUGAGUUGCAUCAAUCGAA